AUGCAGCGCGUACAGCGCAUGGGUCGAGUUACGUCGGAUGCACCUCCGAGGUUCUCCCCGUUGACCGCACCAACCCCUGGCAUUGGUGUGAGUACAUACAAGUCAAGAGAAGGAACCAUUGGGGAAAAAGUGAGCACCAUAAGUCGUUAUUCUCGUCCUAAUACGCAACCAUCAGCACUUGCGACAUCGACACCUGUUAAUUCUCCCUUGGGUACGGGAUUUUCUCAAAAACAACCUGAUGUACCAAACCUUGAUGAUUCCUUCGUAAGCACCAUUACAACUGCCAGCCAGCUUCACGAUGCUCACGAGGAAUACAAACGACAGAUCGCUAAAUUGAACCAUCAAAUCCGUGUCCAAGAAGAACAAAUAGAAAUGACGCUCAAAGUGCUGGCAUUGGCGCGAAAGAAGCAGAAAUCAAUGCAAGAGCUGUCGGCACAGCGUACUCUCCUGCUGGCACGUGAGCGUCUGGAACUUUUACGAUGUGAGGUUAAUCGAAUCUCGGCUCUCGCAGCCGUACGCAAUCCGCCUCCUCCUGUCAGCCGAGAUCUACGGGGUACGAUGACAAUCUCGAAUAUCACAGUGCAUCUGAAUCGAAGUUUCUGUCAGCGGCAGUAUGAUCAAGAUGCAUCUUAUGCGCUUCUGAUUCUUCUCAAGUGUGGCGCAGAAGUGGAAGCGACUGGUCCGAUUUCCUUACUAGCACAUCAGCCAGUUCGCAUUCGCCAGUUGACGUUUGCUGAACAUGUUCAGUUUUCAAACCUCCCAGUGGAUUUCAAUGUUGUCGUGGAGGUUUAUGCAAUGAAGUUGCCCACCGCCAAGCAAAUGGAACAGUCAUGUGCCACGAACAUUGCAAACAAAUGUCGCAAUCUACUCAAUCCGGCUUUGACACAUCGUCCAUACCGUAACGAUCCUCAUGCGUCCGAGUUUUUCCGCUGUGGCUACAUAAUCCUCAACAGAGAUACAGUUGGUGCCAAUAAGUUCUAUCUGGAUGAAGCGGAAUAUCCACUGGAAGGCAUAAUUGAAGUGUACGCACGCUGCACCACACUUCCUCCAGCCAUCGAGGUUGACAAUAGAGGAUUUUUGACAAUGUAUCAAACGGUGAGCGGUAUGGCAUCAUGGGAGCGCUACUGGGCGGUACUGAGACGUGGUAUGGUCUACUUCUGGCGCUAUCCUGACGACGAAUCGCAAGAUAAGCGUCCGGUAGCAUUUAUGGAUUUGAGCAAAUGCACCAAUGACGAGGUUGUGGCAUGUAAUCCAGAGCAGUGCCCACGUGAGAAUUCGUUCAGUAUUGAUAUGUUGGUCUCCACGACACCUUCAAUGAUGGAAAAGAAGCGUGUACUGCUGUCUGCUGAUUCCAACGAACUCCUUCAUGCAUGGCUACAAGCAUUGAAUGAAACCUUGUCGGUGCUAAGGGGAUAA